AAAAAACUUUCCCUGUACGGAAGUUUUUUCCUCUUGCCACGUGAGGGAUGCCUACAUGGCGGAUACCACGUGACACGGCCCCAUUUUUUGCGGCCCCAUUUUUUGCGGCCCCAUUUUUUGCGGCUCCAAUUUUCGCCCCAGGCCCGCGUCCAGGCGCGCACCAGGGCCCAUCGCCAGGUGCAAAACACCUCCGAAAAGCCUCAGGGUCCCCAUUACCUGUUUUCCCUCGCUUCACUCCCUAUUUCCAGGUACGUUGCUGCAUGCUUCCCGAAUCCGACGCCCUCUAUCUCUACCAUCUCACACUCCGUGGCGCGAGCGGCUCGCUCCUCUCGGUCGAGGGCCAGUUUUCCGGGGCCAGAAAAGUGCAAGAACUCGUGGUGUCCUCUACCACCGGAAUCAUCGUGUACCGGCCCAACGCCACCACCGGCAAAUUGCAGCGGCUCCGGCACCAGACCGCGUUUGCCAAUCUCCAGGCGUUGCUGAAAAUCCGCGUGGCCGGCUCGCAGAAAGACUUGUUGGUGCUCACGUCUGAUGCUGGGAACCUCACCGUGGCGGAAUUCGACGCCGAAACAUCCCGCUUCGUGCCCGUUGUCCAACAGCCAUACGCCAAGUCUGGCCUCUCCCGCAUUUCCCCGGGUCAUUACAUGGCUGCAGACCCACACAGCCGUGCCAUUAUGGUGGCAGCCCUCGAGAAAACCAAGUUGGUGUACCGCAUCGAGCCAGGGACUACGCCGAGCCCGGUCUCGCUUUCCCUGCCGCUUGACGCCAGUGUUCCACAUACUUUGACGCUCUCACUCUGCGCUCUCGACACAGGCCUCGGCAAUCCAGCAUGGGCAGCGCUCGAAAUCGAGUGCCCUCCUUACUCCCGCCAUAGCCACGCCCGUGCAGCCUCGUUGCCCAUGCUCUGCUACUACGAAUUGGACGCGGGGCUCAACCACGUGAUGCGGAGGCGCAGCCGGCCCGAUGUGCCGGCUUCGGCCAAUCUCGUGGUGCCCAUGCCGGACCCGGUGGGCGGCGUUUUGGUUUGCUGCGAUUCGUUCUUGAUUCUUGAACGAGAGGCCGCUGGCGGCUCGCGGCUGCUCGUACCCUUGCCCGUGCGGGCAGGCAGUGGCGGCACGAAAAUUGUGGCCUAUUUCGUGCACCGGCUUGCGAAAAACACGUUUUUUGUGCUUCUCCACAGCUCGGCUGGCGACUUGUACAAAUUGACAGUGGCAGACGCCGCGGAAAGGCACCCUGACAUGGCUGUUUCCUACUUUGACUCCGUGCCCGCGUGCUCCAGCAUCACUGUUUUCAAAUCGGGGUUUUUGUACGCGCACACGCUCCACAACAAUAAGCUCUUGUACCAGAUCGAGCAGUUGGGCGUCGAGAACGAUACCACCACGCGUGCGCAGCCGUGGUCUGAGGCACUAGAGGCCGAGUUCUCAGAAACUGCUUGCUCACGCCACGUAUACGAGCCCGUGGGCCUUCAGAACUUGGCCCUUGUGGACAUCGUGGAGUCCUUGGAGCCAUUGACGGGAAGCUCGCUUGUGGAAUCUGCACCAGGUGCAUCCCCUGAUCCGCUCACCCACUUGGUCACACUCUCGCUGCACUCGUACAUGAAGUCGCUCGUGCACGGCAUGCCAGUGCUGGAACUCGUGGCCUCGCCUCUUCCCAUGGCGCCCACAGCCAUCCACGCCACCAAAACACACAGGUCUGCGUCCAGCGACCUGUACUUGGUGCUUUCGUCUGCACUCGACGAAAAGACCUGCGUGUUGUCCAUCGGCGAGGUGGUUGAGGAGGUCGCAGACUCGGCCUUUCUCACCGAUCAGCACACGCUUGCCGUGCAGCAGAUGGGCGCCAGCUCUGUGGUGCAGAUCCACCGUAACGGCAUUCGCAGCAUCAGGCACGUGGUGGACGCGUCAGGCGAAAUCUCCCGCAAAACUCACUCAGACUGGUAUCCGCCUGCAGGCAUUACAGUUCUCCACGCCACGUGCAACAACGAACAGGUGGCUGUGGCGCUUUCUAACCGCGAGGUGUGCUAUUUCGAAAUUGACCCGACCGACGAUCAGCUCUCCGAGUACCUGCUGCGGUUUGAGGUGUCUGGCGGCUCUAUUACGGCCUUAGCGAUCACUUGCAAUCCGAUCGGGGAAAGAAAAAGCUUCUUUUUGGUAGUCGGUGCCUCCGACGAGACCGUUCAGGUUCUUUCUCUUUCUGCUCACAAUUGCUUUGACGUGCUCACCUUGCAGGCCUUGUCGUGCAACGCACGGUCGCUCUUGAUGCUUGCCUCCGACCGGUUUACAUUACAUGUCCACAUGGGCUUGGAAAGCGGUGUCUACGUCCGCGUAAACAUUGACACCAUCUCGGGAAAGUUGACCGACACGCGCCUGAAGUACUUGGGCUCGAGCCCCGUAUACUUGCGCCAGUUGCGCCUCCCCACCCUCGAUCAGCCAGGUAUUUUGGCGCUCAGUUCGCGACCCUGGGUAGGUUAUUUUAACACUGAUGGCAGUUUUAAGCUCUUUCCCUUGGUUGGCUGUAAAAUCUCCAGCGGUACCUCUUUCUACUCCGACGAUAUUGGUACGGAAAGCGUGGUUGGAAUCAGUGGCGCAGACUUGACUAUCUUUACGCUUGGUACCGACGAUGCCGGCGGGUUCAACGCAAAUGACGACUUCGUCAUCACCCUGACAAAACUCCGAUACACACCCAAGAAGCACGUGCAAGAAAACGGGCUCUUUUACGUGCUCGAGUCUGAUCACAACGUGGUGUCACCAUACGCCAGUGGGAAGCCCGUUGAUGAAGACUACAUCGAGGCUUUCGGCCUCGAACAGAAAGCAGGAAGUUGGGCCUCUUGUAUCCAGGUAGUCCACCAUGCCACUUCUGAAGUAUCGCACACCUUCGAGUUUGACAACAAUGAAUGUGCCAUGGCAUUGUGUCUCAUGAAUGUUGAGCUGGACAAAUAUCUUGUCGUGUCAACAACUAAGGACCUCAACUUUAAUUAUUCCAAUCACAUGGGCAACUAUUUGUAUACAUUUGUGAUUGAAUCGGGAACGAGCUUAAAGCUUCAUCAUAAAACAACUUUGGAUAAACAGGCAACCGCACUAGAGUUUUUGGGCGAUAAGAAACUUCUUGUGGCUGCGGAAAACCAGCUUCGUGUUUACGAGCUAGGCAAGAAGCAGUUUCUCCGCAAAUCAUCUACUAAAGUUGAAACAUUGAGAAGAGUGAAUAAGAUCAAACACGUGGCCGGUGACAUAGUGGUUGUCGGGGACGCGCAAAACUCGCUUGGUUUUUUCCAGUAUGAUUCUGUUAAAAACCAGUUCACAGCUUUCAUGAACGAUAUCACGUCCAGGCAAGUCACCACUUUCGAAACCCUAGAUAGUAGGACUGUGAUCGGCGGUGACAAAUUUGGGAAUAUAUUCGUGAACCGGAUCCCGCAAUCUGUUUUUGAGCAGAUGAAGGACAAUGUUUUGAUGAAAUUCCAGGAUGAGUUUUUAAACGGACCUGCUGCAAGAACAUCCAAGCUCUGCGAGUUCUAUAUUCAAGAUAUCCCCACCUCGUUCCAAAAAGGCACCUUUGUUGUGGGAGGCACCGAGAGUAUAAUCUACACCGGUCUCCAAGGCACUGUGGGAAUUUUAAUGCCGCUUGCGACGAAGCACGAGGUGGAAUUCAUGUUGAAGUUAGAAAACGCCAUGAGGAAAACUCUCGAUGCUGACUUUUCUGAGCUCAGCAAAUCGAAGAGGGCAAUCGGCUUGGUUGGCCGAGACCACAUAAAAUUCCGUGGCUACUACAACCCCGGCAAGAACGUCAUUGACGGCGACUUUAUUGAGAAAUACUACGAGCUUGAUCAAGCCUCGAAGAUCAGGAUUGCUGGUCAAUUGGACCGCGCGCCGCGAGAAAUCGAGCGAAGACUAUACGAUUUGCGGAACCGCGCCGCAUUCUAGUGCAUCUGCACUUUUUAUAGAGUAAUGAGUAGAGUAAUGAGAUAUGAUAACACUCGAAGAGCA